AUGCUCAAUGGGCCUCGGAUAGAUCUCCUCUCCAAGCUGCCCUACGAGAUCGCCAUCUACAUCCUCGGCUUCGUCGAUAUGCACAACCUCGCCAAGGUCGCUCGCAUUUCCCGUACCUGGAACCAGUUUGCCAGAGAUAACGAGGUCUGGAAGAGCGUCUUCCUCUACCAGAAGGGCUGGACAACCUCAAAGGCUCUACGGAGCUUCAUCAACCGCAACUACUUCUACGACGACAACAACAACAACAGCACCAACACCAACAACGGCAAUAGGCCAUUGAACUGGAAGAUGCUCUGUCAUGACCGCAAACUGCUCGAGGAGAGUUGGACCACUGUGCCGCCGAAACAUGAGCUGAACGGACAUAACGAUAGCGUCUACUGUGUCCAGUUCGAUCACUCAAAGAUCGUCACCGGAUCAAGGGACCACACUAUCAAGUUCUGGGACCUGCUCACGCUUCAAUGCACCCAUACGCUCCAUGGCCACUCUCAAUCAGUCCUGUGUCUGCAGUUCAAUGACAAGGUCAUGGUCUCGGGAUCGUCUGAUAACACCAUCAUUGUCUGGGACAUGGACACCCGCCAACCAACAAUGCAGCUUCGAGGACAUACUGCAGGCGUGUUGGAUGUAUGUUUCGACGAUCAGUACAUUGUUAGCUGCUCCAAGGACACGACGAUCCGGGUGUGGGAUUUACACAAGGGAACACUGGUGAGGACCCUGAUGGGACAUCGUGGACCCGUCAAUGCGGUCCAGUUGCAUCAGGGACAGGUGGUUUCGGCCUCUGGAGACGGAAUGGUCAAGUUGUGGAAUGUGAGCACUGGGCAGUGUGUGCGUGACUUUAUUGGACAUGAGCGUGGACUUGCCUGUGUGCAGUUUGAUGGGGAGACCAUUGUCUCGGGCUCGAAUGACAAGUCGAUCCGGGUGUGGGAUGCAGCCACGGGAAGAUGUCGGAAGGUCUUGCAAGGACAUACUGCUCUGGUCAGGACCUUGCAUUUUGAGCACAACAGGAUCGUGAGUGGAAGCUAUGAUAAUACUGUCAAGGUGUGGGAUAUCUCGACGGGCCAGUGUAUCCUCGAUCUGAAUGAUGGUCAUUCUAGCUGGGUCUUUGAUGUCCAGUUCUCAGCCAGUCGCAUCAUCAGCACCUCCCAGGAUAAUAAGAUCGUCGUGUGGGACUUUACAAGGAAUCAGGACAUGCGACUGUUUGACUGA